AAGUAAGAGAAAGCUGGCCGUGCCAUCUUGUUGUCGAAGGGCUACCAGCCAAAAGAAAUUUGACGUCCUCGUUAGUCCUCCAUGUUGAAAAUAAAUGCUGUGUUUGCGGGCUGAGGCUUGUUGACUUGUCUGAUUAGAAAUGGAUGAAACUAAAGUAAUUUACCACAUAGACGACGAAGAAACUCCAUACUUAGUGAAAUUGCCCAUCGCUCCUGAUCAAGUUACUCUCGCGGACUUCAAAAAUGUUCUCAACCGCCCUAACUACAAGUUCUUUUUUAAGUCGAUGGAUGAUGAUUUUGGGGUUGUGAAAGAAGAAAUUGUGGAUGAUGAGGCACAUCUACCAUGUUUCAAUGGCCGCGUAGUUUCAUGGCUUGUUUCUGCAGAAGGAAGCAAUGUGUCUGAUGGCACGUCACAAUGCACUGAAAGCGCUGCUCAUUCAGAUGGUAAAAAUGGUGACCGUCCAAGUGACCCAAGGAUGGGAAAUCCUUCACUUAUGAGAUCAAAUGUUGAUGAUCUGACUUGUACUGAAACCGAGUCAAUCAUUAGUUCCCGACCUGGCCACCACAGCUUACACAAAAGUGCUCGCCAUGAAAAAUACAACCAAUACAAUGGCUUGCGAAUGAAUGGACAUUCAAGACAUAGAAGUGGUCAUGGAUACGAAUCAUCUUCCAUGCUCAGUUCAGAUCUAGAAACAACAAGUUUUCUUGAGUCUGAGGAUGAUGCUUCUAGCAGAAUUACCUCCACGACAGGAAGGCAUACUCAAAUGUCAAUGGACCGAGGCACGCUUGAUUCAUCAAGUGUGGUCUCAAGACUCCAUUCACGGAGAAGACCACAGAGAAGAAGACGCCACCGAGCUCCUCCAGCAAUGUCUCGUACAUCAUCAUUCUCAUCCAUUACAGAUUCCACCAUGUCUCUUAAUAUUAUCACUGUUACAUUAAAUAUGGACACAGUUAAUUUUCUGGGUAUCAGUAUUGUUGGACAGAGCAAUAAAGGUGGUGAUGGCGGCAUUUAUGUUGGGUCCAUUAUGAAAGGGGGUGCCGUUGCUUUGGAUGGCCGCAUAGAACCAGGUGACAUGAUCUUGCAGGUUAAUGAUAUAAAUUUUGAGAACAUGUCAAAUGAUGAAGCUGUUAGAGUGCUAAGAGAAGUUGUGCAAAAACCUGGACCUAUUAAACUAGUAGUUGCCAAAUGUUGGGAUCCAAACCCAAAGGGCUAUUUCACUAUUCCUCGCACUGAACCAGUAAGGCCAAUAGAUCCUGGUGCAUGGGUGGCCCACACAGCGGCAUUAAGAGGUGAGUCUUUUCCCCUGAGACCACCUUCUGUGAGUACUCUUACUUCAACAAGCUCCUCAAUCAACUCAACAUUGCCUGAUACUGAAAGACCAUUUGAAGAACUGCACCUGACGGUCAAUACAGACAUGUCAACUAUAGUUGCUGCAAUGGCCCGACCAGACUCAGGAUUAGAAAUAAGGGAUCGUAUGUGGUUAAAAAUAACCAUACCAAAUGCGUUUAUUGGGGCUGAUGUUGUUGAUUGGUUAAAUAGUCAUGUAGAGGGUUUCUUGGAUCGUCGAGAAGCCCGUAAAUAUGCUUCUCAGAUGCUUAAAGCAGGAUACAUCAGGCAUACUGUGAACAAAAUCACAUUUUCUGAGCAAUGUUAUUAUAUAUUUGGUGAUGUUCUUAGUCACGCAAUGUCUACCCUCAAGCUUCAUGAUGAUUGUGUAUCAGUUGAUCGAGACACAGUUGGACCCCUUCCUCCUCCAAGCACUGUAGCAACUGCACCAUGGACUGGAACACACAUGCCCUAUGCUGGCACGUAUCUACCUCAUGGUGCUGGAUAUACACCUAUGCCAUUCAACUACAACAAUGAGCCUGGGGCAUACAGCUACGGUCGUGAAGAGAGUGCGAGUGUCCACUCCGGCUCAGGAGGCAGCAGCAAUGGUUCAGAGCAGCAUUGUUUAAAAGAUAAGGACCUGCUGAAGUCAGGUGGAAGCUCAGCAAGUGACAGUGACCUGGUUCGCACCCAUGGGCACGGUCAUGGAGGCGGACGCCGGUCCGGAGGAUCAAGAUCUCGCUCGAGUGGUUCAGAACAAUCAGUUGCAACUACAACCACAACUCCACCUCAUCAAGGGAGUUCUGUUGGCAGCGGCCCAACAGCCACAGGCACACCCAAUGCUGAAGACAUUUCAGGCAGUCGGCAAUCAUUCCGGAUGGCAAUGGGCAAUCCUUUGCCGCAGCCUGCCCAGCUGGCGCAGGCGCAGCCCUCCAGAGGCUCCCCGGCGGGUCCCGAGCAGGACUACACCAAGGUGCUGCAGCCCGUGAUGGCCCCUGGGCCGGCGGGGGUCACCUCGGAAAAGGGCCCUCUUCUGGCGCCAUACUGCAUCGCUGACAUCCCUAAAGGAGAACCCCAAGAUAUGCUGCAGUUUGAGUUCAGUGACGCCUGAACAUAACUGAACUGGGGGUGGACAACUCAGCUCCGAGCACAACCCUGCCUCGCCCGAUGCAUUGCCACUGUCCAGGUCCUUUAAUGCCUGUACUCCAUCUGGUCAGUGUUUUAGGAAACUAAACUUUUGUUGUUGUGAGUGCUGGUUUAUGUUCACUAGUCAAUUUCCUGUCGGUAGAGUACCUAUAGUAAAAUUAUGUGAACUAUUCAAGCUAGAAAUGUAUAUUUAAAUACUGUAGAUUUUCUGACGAAAUUGUUUUUAAUGAAAAUUGCCAUUUACGGUUGUCGGUUUAAUAAUGUUUUAGCAUUUGCUCAAUAUCGUAAAAGAUACUUCUUGAUGUCGCAAGCGCAAGCCAAUAAAGAGCAACGCAUCAGAUUAUUGUGAGAAACGCAGAUGCGUCGCUUUAAGGUUCGAACUAGGUCGUUUUAACGCGGAAUCCCACCCCGCGUGUGUGUGUAUGCCACCAAUGUAUAUUUAGAAUAAUGUGAGUCCUACAAGACUCUUGUGACUGGGCCGAGGGAUUUAACAGCGUCAAUCAUCAAAGUUCUUGGCAUGAUUUGCACUGUUAUACCCAGGGACCAGAAAUGUAUCUAAAUGUUCUUCUCGUUUAGUAUGAAUUUGAAACUGGAGCCUCUUGAUUGAAUCCGAAUUUGACUGAAAACCUUGUAGGGGUUGAGCUGUUGUAAUAAAUACGUAUGAAAACAUGCA